AUGGCAUAUAGUGCAGAUGGAACAAGGCUUUUUUCAUGUGGAACAAGUAAAGAUGGGGAUUCACAUUUAGUUGAGUGGAAUGAGACUGGAACUAUUAAGCAGACAUACAAUGGCUUUAGAAAACACUCAUUGGGAGUUGUUCAGUUCGACACAACUCGGAACCGCUUCUUGGUUGCAGGGGAUGAAUUCCAGAUUAAGUUUUGGGAUAUGGAUAACACUGAUAUACUGACUACUACUGAUGCAAAUGGAGGACUUCCUGCAUUUCCUCAACUGAGAUUCCAGAAAGAUGGUUCAUUACUUGCUGUUACGACUAGUGAUAAUGGAAUUAAAAUCCUGGCAAAUGCUGAUGGACAACGGGUUUUAAGGAUGCUUGAGGUUUCACGUAGUGUUUCUAAACAAUCUAAUUCCAAUGUGAAGGUUGUUGUGGAUAGUACUAGAGCUGCUGAUGUCAAGCCAAGGAUUCCUGAAGAAACUGAAAGAAUCAGAAGCUGGAAGCUAACUGAGAUUGUGAAUGUUGGGCAUCAUAAAACUUUGCGUUUGCCCGAGUCAACAUCAGCAGUGAGCAAGGUUGUGAGAUUGAUAUACACCAAUUCUGGAUGCAGUUUACUAGCACUUGGUUCCAAUGCAGUGCAUAAACUCUGGCAGUGGUCGUGCGAUGAACGAAAUCCAUCGGGCAAGGUCAGAAAGAAACAGUUGUAA